CGAAGAUCAUCAUCAAGCCUCCAACCGACAUGUGUCCUGCAGCCACCCAAAAGGCGGUCCCAAAAGGCGGUCCCUCUUGCAAGGCACCGUAAGCAGCCCCCUGCCUAUUAUUCAACAGACUUUUUGAACAAUGGACCCUGAAACUUGAAGCCGACUAGCCGUAAGCCUCGCAUCCCUUCCAAUGUCCGUACUCCAGCCUACUGAAGGCUAGAGGCCGGCCAAGCGAGAUGCCGAAGUCUACUCGAGAGCCGGCUCCCUCGGGCGCUUCUCGGACAGGGCCCGCUCCUUCCUCUUCGGACCCUCCGAACGGUUGCCAAAACCUUAAGUUAUUAGCAACCUCGUCUCUGUGCAACGCGACUAAUCUGAGCGAAAGCAUAUCCCCAAAAAACCUCCACAAACACUGCCACCAUCACCAAUACCACGACCGUUGCAAUCACCAUCUCCAGCUGCCACCUGCUCCUUACGCUCAUCAUGCUGCUGGGACGUGCUCCUCGUGCUACAAGUGCCCCUCGUGCUCCUCGUGCUCCUCGUGCUCCUCGUGCUCCUCCCAUUCAGCUGUCCCCAACGACAGGCCCAAUUCCUGCGUCUCCUCGACGCAGCCACAAUCUCGAGGCUCACAAAGCCUGUCCAUUUCGGUAGGUUCCAUGUACACCGCAGCCAACGACCAGCAUCACCCCAUCCCAAACCCAGACCCAGACCCAUUUCCAUGCCUACAAGCACCUAAGCACCUACCUCCGACUUGACCCUUGGUCACCUAGAGGCAGUCGAUGCAGCUCACG